AUGUCACAAAUGGAACCCAAAGAAACAGAGACACCACCACAACCUAGAAAACAACCGAGGCAGCAUCCUUCUGUGCCGUUCGUUUGGGAAGAACGGCCUGGCUUACCAAAGAAGAACUGGCAACCUUCACUAGCCACUUUCGUGCCUUCUGCUCCUCCGCUUCCGCCACCUAUCCCUGUCCCGGUUAAGCUUGUCACCUCCGUUCCUUUCUGUUGGGAAAAGACCCCUGGAGAAGUGCUACUAAAGCUUCCACAACCACCGUCGGAAACCUCCAAGACUCCUCCAUUACCACCUCCGGUCCCAGUUCCAGUUAAGCUGGUUACGUCCGUUCCUUUCUGUUGGGAAGAGACUCCUGGAAAACCGGCUCCUUCUUCCGCAAAUGACCCACCUAAGCUUCCACAACCACCAUCGAAAACCGUCACGGCUCCUUCAUUACCACCGCCAGUUCCAGUUCCGGUUAAGCUGGUUACAUCGGUUCCAUUCCAUUGGGAAGAAACUCCUGGACAACCAUACCCUUGCUUUGUUGAUUUCAACCCACCUGACCCCUUGGACCAACCGCUGUACGGUUGCGAGGCUGAAACCAGCAGUGAUUGCUUCAGCUCUGUGCCGAUAUCAGGUGCUUUUACAAUGGAUGAAUUUGAUGACAACCUGAACAGGGAGACGUGCUCGAUGCCAACAUCGCCAGCCUAUGAUACUGAUGACAGUACGAGCAGUUACAUGACGGGAGCUUCCAGUCUCGUGGGAGCUUCGUUCUUGGAAGAGCUGUUUCCACGUCUUCCACAGGAGAAGGUCGAAGCUGCUGAUUCUCACCAUGUUCAGGUUACUACAGCUUCUAAUGACAUCAACUUUGGCUUUCCUGUGAGGGCGCAAUAUACACUCCGGGAGUUAAUAAUGAUGAGCCGAAGGAGGAGUUACAUGAGAGAGCACAAUCCUUCCAUGGUAGAAGGACGUGAGUGGAGAAGACACCAACGAAGGCUGAAGCUACUUUAGAAUAAAACACUUAACAAUUUGUAUCAAGAAACAGAACUUGUCGCAAAGUUCUCUUUUCAUAGAAGUAGAAACUUGUUUUGAUA